AUGAUGAGUGGGACUGGAAACGUUCCCGCGCUGCUUCACAGCUACAACACCGAUAUACAGCGUAACGGUGGGACUCCGGACUUGGAUCUGCUAGAAUCAGAAUUACUGGAUAUUGCUCUGCUUAACCCUGUGUCCUCUAUGCAAGACCCCGGUUUGUUAUCUUCCAACCAGGAAAAAAUAAUGGCGGCAACAACCAUUGCACCCGUUAAGGAAAAUGAAGAGGAGCUGAGGGAUGAUGUCCAAUCUCUGCAGGGAUUACUUGAUCGACACAUCCAGUUCGGCAGGAAGCUGCCUCUGAGGACGCCAUACGCCAAUCCACUGGAUUUUGUUAACAUUAACCCGCAAUCUCUGCCAUUGUCUCUGGAAAUAAUUGGGUUACCCAAGGUCUCUAGAGUAGAAACUCAGAUGAAGUUAAGCUUUCGAAUUAAAAACUCACAUUCAAGAAAAAAUUUCUUUCUUCAUUUACCUUCUGAUUGUAUAGCGAAGGACAAGUUUUUCACGAGUUCAGAUGAUCCUACCAACUUGGCGAUAACCAAUAAGGAUAUUAGCGAGAGGACUCUUUUCCUGGACGCAUUUCUCUUGUGCGCCUCUAACAGCAACAGUAAUAACUAUAAACAGACGUACGUUUGUAAUAGGUGUACCAACCGAGAGAAAAGAAGAGCUUCAAGAAGGAAGUCCGGCUUAAACGACAACUCCAUCUGGCAGAAUAACGAAAACAAAAGAGCAAUUAUAUUCAAUAGUAAACAACUUUUUAUCGUUAGUAAUAACGGUUUGGACGGUAGCUCUAACGCUGCUAAUUUUGACCUACCGACAAGAAUCGUCUGUUACUGCAGACACCACAAAGCGACUAAUGGGUUUGUGGUCUUAUUCCUCUUGAAGGACCAUAACGGCGACAUUUUGGCCAAAACAAUAACCGAUCCUAUAAUGAUCAUGGACAAAAAAAAUGCUAGCAACACCACUACUCCGACUAGUACAAACAAUGCCCAGGUGUCACCGAUGACAAAUGACACUCGGUCUUUCUCAUCCCCGCAAAGUGACUUGAACUUUCCAUCUGAAUUUCCUAUACCUCUAAACAAUAAAAACUUCGUUAUUUCCUCUAAUUUCAUUCUUGAUGGCAAUUGUAAUAACGAUGACAAUAACAAUAAAAAUGACAACAAUUUUAAAAACAAUAUUAAUAAUAUUACCGCAACAAACAACAAUGACAGACACUUUCCGUCACCGAAGUCUUCAAGUGAAGACAGCAACCAUUCUUUUUCAGAUAUUCAUUUUUCGAGCAACAACGAUAACAAUUUCCAUCAUUCACUAGAUUCCUGGUCUUCCACAGGUCGCAAUAGCUCGUCGAAUCCCGCUCUCACCACGCUAACUAGUGAUUUCAGUACGACUUCUGUAAGAAACAGUAGCAAGAGACAGCGUUCGACAAACGAACCCUUUAUGUCUACUCCUAGCUCGUUUUCUCGUCUUCCUCAAAACUUUGUCGACUCCUCUAAACAUGUGUCCAACCACAGCAGCUUUUCCAUGCCCCUCAAUAACAAGCCUUCUAUUCAACGUGUCAUUCCUGCUCAAGGUUCUGUCAACGGAGGUAUAGAAGUAACUCUACUCGGCUCAAACUUUAAGCAGGGCUUAAUCAUCAAGUUUGGCGAAAACAUAGCGUUGUCCAGUCAAUGCUGGAACGAGUCUACAAUGGUAACUUAUUUGCCGCCAUCAUCUAAACCUGGACCGGUAUUGGUUACUAUUGUGGAUUCGAAUGAAGCGUCUAUGAGAAACAAUAGCAAUACUAGUAUUUCUACCAAUAACAGUGGUAAUGAUAUUCUGCAUUCGAACAAGUAUACUGGUGAUAAAGCAAUUUUCACUUAUGUGGAUGAUACCGACAGGCAGCUGAUUGAGUUGGCUCUACAGAUUGUGGGUCUAAAAAUGAAUGGCAAAUUAGAAGAUGCCAGAAAUAUUGCGAAGAGAAUUGUUGGCAGCGAUUCGUCAACAUCAAACAAUAAUGCAAGAUCCGGGACACAAAACAUUUCUCCAAAUUCAUACACAAGUAUGAUGCGAAACAUAAACGAUGAACAACUAAUUAUUGAGGUUAUUAGAUCAUUCAAAAAAAACAAUAAUCUUUCCACCGUCAAUCUAUCCAUGUGUGAUGUCAGAGGUAGAACUUUACUACACCUGGCGGCAUUCAAUAACUGUUACAGUCUCGUGUCAUUACUAAUCAAAUAUGGUUCGCACUUAAACGAUCAAGAUGUGUUUGGUUUUACCCCAUUACAUAUGGCAUGCAUCAAUGGGGACUUGAGAAUUAUAAGACUAUUGCUAGAAUGCAACGUGAAUUUUAUGAAGAAAACUAAAAACGGCUUCGUUGCUAAACAAUUCUUCCUGAUGAACUACACCGUUAACAAAACAAGGUACCCUAAUUAUGAAACCGCUCUGUUUGAUGAUAUUUUGACCAAGUUGACUAAAAGUACGACCGUCUUCGUUCAUAGUCAACCAUUCGAGAGGAACGCAUCCCAAUCAAGCUUUAAUUCAAGCUUAUUUGAUGACGAUGUUGACCAUGAACAAGAAAGAAAUUACUUCCCAAUAAACUCUUCUGUUCCUACUUCUGAACCACCAAAUUGCAAUGACAAUGCGUCAUUUGCGAUCAUGGAUUCGGAUUCAGGUUAUGAUAUUAGUGACUGCGAGUCGUCUUCAGAUGAGAUUGCUUUGGAGUUCUUCAAUUCCCAUAAAAUCAAGGACGCUUCUUCCGAGGAUAAUCAGCAUCGAAAAAGUACUAAAACUAGUGCGGAGCAGGAUGAUUCUCUAUGGAACAGGAUGUUAACUCGUCUAAAUGACGAACUACCCACGUACGAAGAUUUGUUCCCAAAAAAGUCCAAAAAUUGGGAAACCGGUAGUAAAUCUGUUGAAAUUGGGUCUAAUUAUACUCAAAUAAUCGUGGACGAUCCUCAAACUUCUUCCGAAGAUGAUGAGUUGGAAGCACUACAGAUUGGAUUUAAUACAAUCUCUAAGAAGCAGAACUUUCAGAAUGAUAAGAUGCUGUUAUUCUUUUGGAUCCCAUUGACCUUGGUAUUAUUAAUAUGUUUCACAUUAUCAAAGUUGGGUAAGGAUGAUGACAUGUUUCAUAAUCUAUCCAAAAUAGUCCAGGAGUACUUGAGAAUUGGGUUAGCCAAGGUUCUAUUAGGCAAUGAAAGAAUGAAAGCCUCUUUCAAAAUGCAAUUAUCGAACUUUCAAAACAAUAACAUUCUAAAUGACAUGCGGGCAAAUUAA